GCUCCUUCUCGGCGUGCAGGCGUGGAGCGCAGCACCGGGGCCGACGGCAUGGAUGUGUCCUGGAGAAGCUGGCUGGCCAACGAAGGGGUUAAACACCUCUGCCUGCUCAUCUGGCUUUCCCUGAAUGGUCUGCUUUUCUGGAAAACCUUCCUGCUGUAUAACCAAGGGCCAGAGUACCAUUACCUCCACCAGAUGUUAGGCCUAGGAUUGUGUCUAAGCAGAGCCUCCGCGUCUGUUCUUAACCUCAAUUGCAGCCUCAUCCUUUUACCCAUGUGCCGAACACUCCUGGCUUACCUUCGGGGAUCCCAGAAGGUCCCAAGCAGGAGAACAAGAAGAGUGUUGGAUAAGAGCAGAACAUUCCAUAUAACUUGUGGUGUCACUAUCUGUAUUUUCUCAGGUGUGCACGUGGCUGCCCAUCUGGUGAAUGCCCUCAACUUCUCAGUGAACUACAAUGAGAAUUUUAUUGAACUGAAUGCAGCAAGAUACCGAGAUGAGGAUCCUAGAAAGCUUCUCUUCACAACUGUUCCUGGCCUGACAGGAGUCUGCAUGGUAAUGGUGCUAUUCCUCAUGGUUACAGCUUCUACUUAUGCAAUAAGAGUUUCUAACUAUGACAUCUUCUGGUAUACUCAUAACCUCUUCUUUGUCUUCUACAUGCUGCUGAUGUUGCAUGUGUCAGGGGGGCUGCUGAAGUAUCAAACUAAUUUAGAUACCCACCCUCCUGGCUGCAUCAGUCUUAACCAAACUCGCCAUCAAGACAUCUCCUUACCAUUGCAUCACUCAGAACAUUUGCCUGGACCUUUCUUGGGAGAAUUUUCAAAACCAGAAGAACUUGCUCAGAACACAUUCAUGAAGAUUUGUGUGGAAGAGCCCAGAUUCCGAGCUACUUUUCCACAGACUUGGCUUUGGAUUUCUGGACCUUUGUGCCUAUACUGUGCCGAAAGACUUUAUAGGUGUAUUCGGAGCAAUAAACCAGUCACCAUCCUCUCAGUUAUAAGUCAUCCCUCAGAUGUCAUGGAAAUCCGAAUGGUCAAAGAAAAUUUUAAAGCAAGACCUGGCCAGUAUGUUAUUCUACAUUGUCCCAGUGUGUCUGCAUUAGAAAACCAUCCCUUUACCCUCACAAUGUGUCCUACAGAAAAAAAAGCAACAUUUGGAGUCCAUUUUAAAAUAGUAGGAGACUGGACAGAACGAUUCCGAGAUUUACUGCUGCCUCCAUCUAGUCAAGACUCUGAGAUUCUGCCGUUCAUUCAAACUAGAAAUUACCCAAAGCUAUACAUAGAUGGUCCCUUUGGAAGUCCAUUUGAGGAGUCACUGAACUAUGAGGUCAGCCUGUGCGUGGCUGGAGGCAUUGGAGUGACUCCUUUUGCAUCGAUACUCAACACCCUGCUGGAUGACUGGAAGCCGUACAAACUUAGAAGACUGUAUUUUAUUUGGGUAUGCAGAGACAUCCAAUCCUUCUGUUGGUUUGCAGACUUACUCUGCAUGUUAUAUAACAAGUUUUGGCAAGAGAACAGACCUGACUAUGUCAACAUCCAGCUGUACCUCAGUCAAACAGAUGGGAUUCAGAAGAUAAUUGGAGAAAAAUACCAUGCAUUGAAUUCAAGACUUUUUAUUGGGCGUCCUCAGUGGAAACUUCUAUUUGAUGAAAUAGCAAAAUAUAACAGAGGGAAAACAGUUGGUGUCUUCUGCUGCGGACCCAAUUCACUUUCCAAGAUUCUUCAUAAACUGAGUAACCAAAGCAACUCAUAUGGGACAAGAUUUGAAUACAAUAAAGAAUCUUUCAGCUAAAAAUCUGAGAUGAACCAGGACUCUAAAGAAGGAAUGUGUGCAAUAUCUAAAACUUUGAAACUCAGCUGAAUCUAACAGCUUUGCUGUGCCAAAGAGUAGCAAGGUUUUAUUAUUUAUGAUUAUUUAAAAUGGAAAUGCAGAGAAUGUGGCAAGAUGACAAGCCACAUUGCAUGUUUGAUCUGGAAACCAAAGAGGCCCUGAGGAAUAUUUGAUGUGAUGAUUCACUUUUCAAUGCUCAAAUUAAAAGAAAACUAUUAGAUGCUCACUGUUGAUUCUUAUAGCAGUGUCAAGAACUCCCUAGUGAGGAGCUGAACUCCAUCACUCUGAGGCUGACAGUCAUGGUCCUCUUUAAAUUGUUUAUGGUUGAACAAAUGGAAGAAGAAAAUUAAAAAUUCAUUGAAACUCAGAUUAUGUUUUCUACAUUGUGUAUAAACACAAUAGCUUUAAUUUGGAAAAUUUCCAGGCAUAUAUAUUAGAUGUCUUAAAAUACAGCACGGGACUCUGUAUUGAUACGGGUACUUUGUGUUUAAUCUUCCUCACUACUGAUGAUAAUACCUCUGCUUGUUGUCUGUAGGCUAUAUGUAGUAUCUACUUUUAUAUUUUUCUCUCUUCCUUUUAUUCUAACAAGGAAAGUCUCUCUUUUCCUAGCCUACGUUAGACUGAAUAAUGUAAUAGUUCAUUUUCAUCUUCAACUUAUUUAAUAUAUGAUUAUUGCAUAAUAUGAAAAUAUAAUUACUAUAAUUGUAAAGGGUCAUGUAUCCUAGUAACAUUUUUCCUUUUUCAGCAUUGUGGUCUCUAUCUUUUUUUUUUUCACUUUUAUUCCUAGGCACACUUUAUCUUUUAUUUUAUUUUAUUUUAUUUUGCCUUUUAAAGUGCAUUCUUUAAUUUGUGCUUUGUGACUGAAGGACAUCAUACCUGCCAGCAGGCACUGAGAAACAGUAACUCUAUCCCUUGUCAUACAAUGCUUUGUGAUGGAGAUUUUUAAAGUGUAGUCACAUUUCUGAAUAUGAGCCCUGUAUUUUACUUUCUCCAUAAAAGGAAAUCCAUCAUCAAUCAUUCAAAUUUAUUUCAGAAUCAAUGUUAUUGUCUUAUUGUCUCACUGUUUGAUAUCCAAAGUUCUAAGAGAAUUUUUGGGUUUAAAGUCGCUGUAGGGACUACACUGUGUGACCCUUUCAGUUUGUUUCCUGACUUUUAUAUUUGCUACCUUAAUAAUUAAGAGUUCAUAUAGCUUAGAGAUUUUGUUUAGUGGAUAUUUAUCAAAUGCUAUGAAAUAUAACACACUGUUGAUUUAAGCAGUUUAAUUUGCCUCUGUUAAAAUUUUGCAUACAACAUAACAUGAUGGAUGCUACUGUCAGUUUUUUUGUUGUUGUUGUUAGGAUUCACCAAUAGCAGUCAAGCAUGCUAAAUCACCCAACGCUGAAUGACUGUGAGUAUAUUUACUUGUACACAUAUCUUCCUUUCCUUCUAAUUCCUUCCUUUCCCUUCUGUAGAAAGGAGGUGAAUCAGAAAAAAAAAAAAUGAUGGGAAAUGUGCAAUGCAACUGCAGAUUGAGCUCUGAGGGCAUAGUUAAUAACCAGUACAUCUUGGCUACACUUCCUAGAGUGAAAAUAAUUUUAUGAAAAACCUGUAACAGAAAGAACUAAUAAAAAGAAGUUUAAAUUUGUUCAGGCUUAAUGUGCAAUACUCUUUAAUGAUAACUUAUAUAUGUGACUAUAUUAAUGCACCUAAUUUCAAUAAAACAGAUCCUUCCAUCAGUUU